AUGCCCGCGACAAGCUUGCCGGAAGAGCAGGCGGUCGAUCGCGAGUACCCGCAGCGGCAUCGUCAUCAGGAACUUGGAGCGUUGCAGCAUAACCACAACGUGGCUGAAUUCCAGUCUCGGCUUCAUUGUCAACAGAAUCAAAGCUCAUGGUCAACUUUACAGCAUCAAACUUCUCAACAGGAUUUACGUCAUUCGUAUCCUCAGUCUAAUACUCACCUCACUGUCCCGAGUGUACCUGCUGCAGGCUCGACAUCCCGCUCGUCUUCAAUUUCUCCUGUUCCAACACCGUCGAUAUCUCCCCCAGCUUCUGCCGUAUCUAUCGACGCUCUGUAUUCACCCCGAGAUUAUUCGCCGCCAGUGCCAACUCCCUCUUCGACCGGUACCGAGGUUUACGGCGGCCAUCCGCAGCGAGACUCAUACGAUCGCAAUAGCUCGGGUAGACACAGCCAAGAUAACAUUAGCCUUGAACCUCAAGGGCGCAAUCCGGCCAACAUGGCCAGCUGGUCAGGACAGCCCGCGAUCAGAGGUAGCUCUGAGGCUGUGCGCAUGGUUUUAUUGAGUUUCGUUACUAUUGGCAUAACGUACGUUUACUUACCCUGCGAGCUGCAGCAACAGCGAUCCAAUUUGAGCUGGCUUCCUAACAUUGGUUCAUCUAGUUUCACAUGGGGUAUCGAAAUGACAUACUGCACGCCCUAUCUGCUUAAUCUUGGUUUAACCAAAAGCAACACAUCUCUAGUAUGGAUUGCUGGGCCGUUGUCCGGUCUUAUAGUUCAGCCUGUUGUCGGCGUCAUUGCGGACGAGAGUAAGUCUAAAUGGGGACGUCGGCGACCGUUGAUGGUCGUUGGCUCCAUUAUUGUCGCUAUAAGCCUCCUGGUAUUAGGCUUUACCCGUGAGAUUGUCGGUUUCGUGGUGACCGAUGAUGAGGCUGCCAAGCGACCUACGAUAGUAUUGGCUGUAUUGGCCAUCUAUGUUGUUGAUUUCGCUAUCAAUGCCGUUAUGUCAUGCUCCAAGAGUCUCAUUGUUGAUACGUUACCAAUCGACAAACAGCAGGCGGGGGCGGCUUGGUCAAGCCGUAUGUCUGCAAUUGGUCAUAUGAUUGCGUAUGGUGCCGGGGCUGUGGAUUUAUUGAAGCUUUUUGGAACCACGCUCGGCGAUACUCAGUUCAAACAGCUCACAGUCAUCUCGACCAUUGCUCUUCUGAGUUCAACAUCACUCACUUGCUGGGCCGUUACAGAGCGGGUGCUGGUAGCCUCCAAACCAGCCCAACAUGAGGGUCGCUUCAAAGUCUUUCGCCAAAUCUGGGCGACACUUCUAAACCUACCUCCUCGAAUCCAAGCUAUCUGCUGGGCACAGUUCUGGGCUUGGAUCGGUUGGUUCCCUUUUCUUUUCUAUAGUACCACAUGGGUUGGUGAAACAUACUUUCGUUACGACGUGCCUGCCGAUGCGAGGAAAUCCAAGGAUACUCUCGGUGCCAUUGGGCGCAUAGGAAGCACUGCGCUUGUUAUUUACUCCGUAAUCACAUUUGCAGGUGCCUGGAUUUUGCCCAUGUUUGUCCAGUCUCCUGAGGACAACUCCUUUACCCACCGGCCUCCUCAGGCAAUCGCAGGCUUCUUGACACGAUUCAACAAGGUAAAGCCUGAUCUAUUGACAGCUUGGAUGUUUGGGCACAUAAUGUUUGCUGCGUCCAUGUCCUUGGCGCCAUUUGCAACCAGCUUCCGAUUUGCGACUGUUCUGGUGUGUCUAUGCGGCAUACCUUGGACUCUCGCCAUGUGGGCUCCGAGUGCUUUCCUCGGCGUCGAGGUCAAUAAGCUCGGAGGUGGCGCCGGAUCAGAUGGUGCAUAUCGUCGCAUUUCGGACGAGCCCGACAUUGAGCUCUCCGAGAUCAGCCACGAUGAUGCAGCUUUGCAGCUUGACCACGGUUCAGAGGUUGGCAUGCCAUCUACGGCUUCUACAGGCGAGUUAUCGGGUAUAUACUUCGGCAUCCUAAACAUCUAUACGACGUUGCCACAGUUUGUUGGUACGUUCAUAUCUACCAUCGUGUUCGCGGUCCUCGAGCCUGGAAAGAGUCCCGAGCUCGCGGGUGAUGAAAAGAAGCAGCCGGAUCCAGAUGGUCCGAACGCCAUUGCGGUGUGCCUAUUCAUCGGAGCCAUGAGCAGUUUGGUUGCAGCAUAUGUGACCCGGAAGCUAAAAGUCAUGUAA